CAAAACAAUCUGUCAAACCAACAAAACAAAACACCCGCUCGGCCACAGCCACCUCGGCGGCUCGGCCAACCGACGCCGACGCACCGCGCGCUCGGGAGUCGGGACCGAGACCGAGAGACUCCGAGAGGGGAGGGGGGGAGGGGGAACUAGCCAGCGGGUGGAGCCGCCGCCGCCGCCGCCGCCCGCGGCCCCAUGGGGGGAAGCCUGGUGUCCAUGCUCCGGUGGCCGCCGGACCUGGGCCUGCCCAGCCUGUCGGCGCUGCUCCCCUCGCCGCCCGCGCACCUCCGGCUCCGGGUCCAGGAGUGGUGGCAGUGGCAGUGGUCGAGCCCCGAGCAGCUCGGCGCGGUGGCGGCGCGGCGCUGGCCCGAGCUGGUGCGGGACGUGCCGCUCCUGGUGGACGCCGCGCUCUGGGGCGUCGUCACGGCCGUCGAGUCCGUCGCGCUCGUAUCCAUGAUGUGCUGCUUCUUCCUCUGCUGCGGCUGCACGCUCUGAGGGGCGGGCCUCCGACGAGCUCCGCGGCUGCCGGCAGUAUGAACGAUUCCCCCCCGUGCGAUUUCUUCGUUUCGCCGAGUGUGGUUGUGGUGAAUUAGCUCCGUCGGGUAUGAAUGAAUUAGCUGUGUUACUGCCAUGGUAAUGAUAAUCAGGAUGUGCCUUUCGUUAUUGGAUUUGACUGUCGGUUGUGCGCCAUUUGCGCAUUUGGGGAUCAUCCCUGACAACGAGCAGAAGUGCGCUGCUGUAGCAAGAACUAGUGGGGGAGAUUAAAUUGGAGGAUGUAGUUGCGUGGUGGGAUCGGGGGCGACUUUAUUUGCGGCAAAAUAUCUCAGUUCCUUCUGAA